CGAUCCAGUGCUGUUAAAUCCUGAGAACCCACAGUUUUUUUAAAAAUGAAGAAAUUAAGGCUUAAGGAGCUAGAGAGUCGCCUGCAAGAAGUGGAUGGAUUUGAAAAGCCCAAGCUACUUCUAGAACAGUAUCCGACCCGGCCGCACAUUGCAGCAUGUAUGCUCUAUACAAUUCAUAAUACAUAUGAUGACAUUGAAAAUAAAGUGGUUGCAGACCUAGGAUGUGGUUGUGGAGUGCUUAGCAUCGGAACUGUAAUGUUAGGAGCAGGGUUAUGUGUUGGAUUUGACAUAGAUGAAGAUGCAUUGGAAAUAUUUAAUAGGAAUGUGGAAGAAUUUGAGUUAACAAAUGUUGACAUGGUUCAAUGUGAUGUGAGCUUAUUAUCUAACAGAAUAUCCAAGUCUUUUGAUACAGUAAUUAUGAAUCCUCCCUUUGGGACCAAAAAUAAUAAAGGGACAGAUAUGGCAUUUCUGAAGACUGCUUUGGAAAUGGCAAGAACAGCAGUAUAUUCUCUACACAAAUCCUCAACUAGAGAGCAUAUUCAAAAGAAAGCUGCAGAAUGGAAAAUCAAGAUAGAUAUUAUUGCAGAGCUGCGAUAUGACCUGCCAGCAUCAUACAAAUUUCAUAAAAAGAAAUCAGUGGACAUCGAAGUAGACCUAAUUCGGUUUUCUUUUUAAAAGCUUCCAAAGACAAAAGCAGCUGAAAACCUAAUUAAAAUGAAUAAAAAAUGUGUUUGCUA